AUGACACAGACACAGACACAGACACAGACACAGACACAGACACAGGCACAGCAAGCCAUAGCACAUCCCAACGACAAACGUCAGAGAAGCCAUAGCUUUGACGACCAUCAACAACAACAACAUCACAACAACCAUCUUCAUCACCAACGCGACGACUAUCGUAUCGACAGGGAUUCUCGUGACCCCGAGAUGCACGAUGGUGGCAACAUCCAUUGGGGUGGUGCUCGACAUGAGCGCGAAAACAACACGUCCGAACAACAGCGCCGGCCAACCUCUGUCCGAUCUACCUCUGAGGAGCAUCGUUUCAAUCCGUACAACCGUCACUUAGACGCUGGCCGGAUACAUGGUGGUGGGGGUCACGGAGACCGAGACCACCGCGAUCACCAUCAUCGUCACCACCAGAACGAGCAGAGUCCCUCGGCCCGAAUUGACGGUCAGCCAGAGGAGGAUGCCGAGUUUGAUGAGAAUAUCUCGGAUGAGAACAUUCAAGAGGGCGAAGAUGGUGAAGAGGAUGAGGAUGAGGACGGGUCGGAGGAGAAUGAUGAAGAUGGGCGCAACUCGAAGGAACGCGAUGGCGCGGCCAAAAAUGAGGAUGGUACAUGCAGCCUUACCUUUUCGAUGUAUCACAACCAAAAGCCCGUCAAGGUGCGGAGCAUGUUUGUCGACAAGUUGUUCAAGUAUGGUUUACUCAUUGACUCUGACCACAUGAUGGUAGAAGAUCCAUCGAUUCAACAUCUCAUCUCGUGGGCCAAGGAGGGAGAUAUGUUCUAUGUCUACAACUGUGUCGAGCUCUCGGACACCAUCCUGCCGCGGUUCUUCAAGCACAACAACUGGCAGAGUUUUGUCCGUCAAUUGAACAUGUACGGAUUCCACAAGAAAGAAUCGACACUGAACAGGAAACGACCCGAGUCCCAGCGAUGGCAGUUCUAUCACCCACAGUUCCAGCGUGACUUUCCUCACCUGCGAGCUAACAUUAAACGCAAGUCUGCCCGGUCGAUGAACACUGCACCAGCGACAUCCAGGGUUGUGUUUGAGCAUGGGAAAGGGUACUUUCUUCAGAGAAAUGAUCGCUCUCGAUCGAACAGCGGAGAUGGGCCUCCACCCCCUCCACCACAAGCAGGAGGACUGGGGCAUAUGCAGGCUUCAUCCGUGUCGCCACAUGCUGCUCAUGAUUCUCACCAUGGUCGGCUACCACCACCACCUGGACACGGUGGAAUCCACCCUUCUUCGUCAGAUCCACAUGGUCCUCCAUUUGCUCCUGAGGAACGGUCGGCGAUUGCAGCGGUUGGUCAUCUUCGGAACCAUAGCUUAACCAGAGGGGUCUCUUAUGAGAAGGGCAGUCUCUUUGCCCUGGGUGCUGAUGCAGCUUCAUCAUCCCCUUCUGGCCCUCACCAUCCAGGCGGUCCUCGUGUUGGACAUCGCAACUCGGAUAGCGCCAUCAGCCCACCGUCCGUGAAUGGUCCUGGGUUCGGACAGCCUCACUACCCACAGGACUCGCCUCAUCGGCCACCCAGACAGCACCACCAUCACGGCUCAAUUAACGAUGGUCCCGCGGGCACCCCAUUGUCAUCCUCGUCGUCUCCAAGAGGUCCUUGGCCAGCCGCUACCAGUCACCAUCUCCCACCUGCAGAGGCUCUUGGAGGAGACGAAUGUGCGGCUGGUCGCCAUGGUUCGGUGCCUCCGGAGCACAUGCAUCCUCAUCCUGCAUUAUCCUCGCCACCCAUGCACCCACAACAUUCGCAAAAUUAUCAUCCUAACCACCAGCAGCAACAACAGCGUCAUGACUCGCGGCAUCGACACGGUCGAUUGCAUUCCAUGGGAGGAGGCCCUGUUCCAAAGGAUCUGCCACAACCGAUUCUCUCAUUACCCUCUGGUAGCACUUUCAACACCCCCCACGCUCCCCCUCCUCCUCCCUCUAACGCUCAAUCAAUCCCACCACACCACCACGCACCUGCCGGCGCUGCUGGUUCGCCCACCCUGUCACCCUCUGCAGCAACAGCAUCAAUUAUCCUGCCACCGUUCUCGGGUCCUCUCACAACAGGUUCCUCGCCCACCUCAAGGACAGGAGAUCCGUAUGUUGUGAUCAAAGAACUCGAACAUCGACUCCAGUCUGUCGAGGAGGCCUACAUGUCCUUGAGACAGUACACCCAGAAGCUUCAACAGAACCAAGCUUCGCAGGAUCGGACUAUUGGAUGGAUGCGUGAGCGAAUUGACCAGAUGUCCGAUGCUGCAGCACUUGGACGCCGAGAUUCGAUUGCAUCCCCAUUGACGCCUCAGUCAACAGCCAGCUUCUCGGGUAACAAGCGAAGAGCUGAGCCAUCACCCGAAGAUGCACGGACUCGUGCGCGUUUCGAACAACAGGGCCUUCCCCCUCUUUCUGGUCCUCCUACUACUGCUGGUGGACCACCUUCGUCAAUCCACAGCCCCGACAUGCAUGCCUUUGAGCACGGUCGUGGUGGUCAUGGCCGUCAUGAGUCUAUGUCUGGGCCUCAUCAUCCCCAGCAACAGCAGCAUCAUGCGAUUCCUUCUUCUCAGACCGGUCCCUACCCGCGUCUUCUUACCUCCCUCGGCCGUAUUUACUCUUAA